GCGGCGCAAACGUGAUGAAGACAGGCAUGAUAUAAAAAAGAUGAAAGGCUACACGCUGCUUUCCGAGGGUAUUGAUGAGAUGGUAGGAAUUAUAUAUAAGCCCAAAACAAAGGAGACUCGUGAAACCUAUGAAGUUUUACUGAGCUUCAUUCAGGCAGCUCUGGGGGAUCAGCCUCGAGACAUUCUCUGCGGAGCUGCCGAUGAAGUGCUAGCUGUCCUGAAAAAUGAGAAGCUACGAGACAAGGAACGGCGAAAAGAGAUUGACCUCUUGCUGGGCCAGACAGAUGACACCCGUUACCACGUCCUGGUUAAUCUGGGCAAGAAGAUCACAGAUUACGGCGGGGACAAGGAGAUCCAGAAUAUGGAUGACAACAUCGAUGAGACCUACGGAGUGAAUGUACAGUUUGAGUCCGACGAAGAGGAAGGAGAUGAGGAUGUCUAUGGCGAAGUCCGAGAUGAAGCAUCUGAUGAAGACCUGGAAGGCGAUGAAGCUGUCGUUCGCUGUACCCUCUCGGCUAACCUGGUGGCUUCCGGUGAGCUGAUGUGCUCCAAGAAGAAAGAUCUGCACCCCAGGGACAUUGACGCCUUUUGGCUGCAACGCCAGCUGAGCCGUUUCUAUGACGACGCCAUCGUGUCCCAAAAAAAGGCAGACGAAGUGCUGGAAAUCUUGAAGACGGCCAGCGAUGACCGAGAAUGUGAGAAUCAACUGGUUCUCCUCCUGGGAUUUAACACGUUUGACUUCAUUAAAGUGCUGAGACAGCACAGAAUGAUGAUCCUCUACUGCAGUCUCCUGGCAAGUGCUCAGAGUGAAGCCGAGAAGGAGAGGAUUAUGGGUAAGAUGGAAUCGGACCCCGAGUUGUCAAAGUUCCUGUAUCAGCUGCAUGAAACGGAGAAGGAAGAUUUGAUCCGGGAAGAGCGCUGUCGCCGGGAACGUGUCCGUCAGUCCCGCAUGGACACCGACUUAGAAACCAUGGAUCUGGACCAAGGAGGCGAGGCCCUGGCCCCUCGGCAAGUGUUGGACCUGGAAGACCUGGUGUUUGCCCAAGGAAGCCACUUCAUGGCCAACAAGCGGUGCCAACUGCCCGAUGGCUCGUUCCGCAAACAGCGCAAAGGCUACGAGGAAGUCCAUGUCCCUGCUCUUAAGCCCAAGCCCUUCGGAUCGGAAGAGUCUCUCAUAAUCCAGGGUGCCGGGAAGACCAACGUGGCUUUGAUGUGCAUGCUGCGGGAGAUUGGAAAGCACAUCAAUCUGGACGGGACGAUCAACAUUGAUGACUUCAAAAUUAUCUACAUCGCACCUAUGAGGUCCCUGGUGCAGGAGAUGGUGGGCAGCUUUGGAAAGCGCUUGGCCACUUAUGGGAUUACGGUGGCGGAGCUGACUGGUGACCACCAGUUGUGCAAAGAAGAAAUCAAUGCUACUCAGAUCAUCGUCUGCACCCCAGAGAAAUGGGACAUCAUCACUCGCAAAGGAGGGGAGCGCACCUAUACCCAGUUAGUGCGCCUCAUUAUCUUGGAUGAAAUUCACCUUCUCCAUGACGACCGGGGGCCAGUUCUGGAAGCCUUGGUGGCCAGAACUAUCCGCAACAUCGAGAUGACCCAGGAGGACGUACGGCUGGUUGGACUGAGUGCCACCCUUCCGAACUACGAGGAUGUGGCUACCUUCCUGAGGGUGGAACCCACCAAAGGACUGUUCUACUUUGACAACAGCUUUCGCCCGGUUCCCCUGGAGCAGACUUACGUGGGAAUUACAGAGAAAAAAGCCAUCAAGCGCUUUCAGAUUAUGAAUGAAAUUGUCUAUGAGAAGAUCAUGGAGCAUGCUGGGAAGAACCAGGUGCUUGUGUUCGUCCACUCCCGAAAGGAGACGGGGAAGACAGCGCGAGCCAUCCGAGAUAUGUGCCUGGAGAAAGACACGCUGGGCCUCUUCCUGCGAGAGGGCUCUGCUUCCACGGAGGUCCUGAGGACAGAAGCUGAGCAGUGCAAGAAUUUGGAACUUAAAGACCUGCUCCCCUAUGGAUUUGCCAUUCACCACGCAGGCAUGACUAGAGUGGAUCGAACGUUGGUGGAAGAUUUGUUUGCAGAUAAACACAUUCAGGAUGCAGUGAACUGGCUUGGCUACACUUAUCUCUACAUCCGGAUGCUGAGAUCGCCAAAUCUCUACGGCAUCUCCCAUGACGACAUGAAAGGAGACCCGUUGCUGGACCAACGCCGACUGGACUUGGUGCACACAGCAGCCCUGAUGCUGGACAAAAACAAUUUAGUCAAAUACGAUAAGAAGACGGGGAAUUUCCAGGUGACUGAGCUGGGCCGCAUCGCCAGCCACUAUUACAUCACCAACGAGACCAUACAAACCUACAAUCAGUUGCUCAAGCCCACCUUGAGUGAGAUUGAACUCUUCCGCGUCUUCUCCCUGUCCUCCGAGUUCAAGAACAUCACCGUGAGAGAGGAAGAGAAACUGGAACUUCAAAAGCUGCUUGAGAGGGUCCCGAUUCCAGUGAAAGAGAGCAUUGAGGAACCAAGUGCCAAGGUAAGUUCUUCCAAGUCCAGGAAAGUCUGGAUUUGUUUAAUUUUUACAGUGCGUGCCUGUUUUUACUCUAACCAUACUCUAACCAUGUCAACAUUGACUGUAUUGAUCUCUGACCUCCCGCAGGUUCUGGUCUCCACAGCAACCUUGGCUUGGGGUGUCAACCUCCCUGCUCACACGGUCAUCAUCAAAGGGACACAGAUUUACAGUCCUGAGAAAGGGCGCUGGACUGAGCUGGGUGCCCUGGACAUCUUGCAGAUGUUGGGUCGUGCCGGAAGACCUCAGUAUGACACAAAGGGCGAGGGCAUCCUGAUCACGUCCCAUGGCGAGCUGCAGUACUACCUCUCUCUUCUCAACCAGCAGCUUCCCAUCGAGAGCCAGAUGGUGGCCAGGCUCCCUGAUAUGCUAAAUGCAGAGAUUGUGCUGGGGAACGUCCAGAAUGCCAAGUUCUGCCCGGCCAGUAGAUUUGACACUAUUCGUCUUCUGUCUCUUGUUUCUUUCCCUUGCUUUCUUCAGGGUUUCAACAUCAGCCACACGCAGACUCGCCUGCUCUCCAUGGCUAAGCCUGUCUACCACGCCAUCAUGAAACAUUCCCCCAAGAAGCCGGUCAUCGUGUUUGUCCCCUCUCGCAAGCAGACCCGGCUGACGGCCAUCGACAUCCUCACCACCUGCGCUUCAGAUGUCCAGAGACACAGGUUUCUGCACUGCACUGAGAAGGACGUGGCCCCCUACCUGGACAAGCUGAACGACAACACCUUGAAAGAGACUGUGGUGAACGGGGUGGGCUACCUGCACGAGGGGCUGACCUCCAUGGAACGAAGAGUGGUGGAGCAGCUGUUCAGCUCAGGGGCCAUCCAGGUAGUGGUGGCAUCACGGAGCCUCUGUUGGGGGAUGAACUUAGCUGCCCACCUGGUGAUCAUCAUGGACACGCAAUACUACAACGGGAAGAUCCACGCGUAUGUGGAUUAUCCAAUCUAUGAUGUCCUACAGAUGGUGGGCCGUGCUAAUCGCCCGUUACAGGAUGACGAAGGACGCUGUGUUAUUAUGUGCCAGGGGUCCAAGAAGGUGAGCCAAGAUGGGAAGUAGGUAGAUUCCUUCACUGCAUAGGAGCUGGGACUCCUAGAAUUUGACAUACUCCUAGCACUGAAGAGCUUUCAAGCUGAGUGGCCACAAUCUCAGUGUUCUGACCGAGGCUUCCCGAGAGCAUGAAGCCAACUCCUUGUUCCAACAA